CUGCCCCUCACAAACAUGGAUGCCGUCCUGGCUGCCCCUGCCCCUCACAAACAUGGCUGCCGGCCGGGGCGGGGCCUGCCCCUCACAAACAUGGAUGCCGGCCUGGCUGCCCCUGCCCCUCACAAACAUGGCUGCCGGUCGGGGCGGGGCCAGCGCAGGGCGGCCGGGAGCCGGGAGGAGCCAGAUUCCGGCGGCCGCAGGAUGUGCGGGGCGCUGGGGUCCCUGCCCGACCUGCUGCUCCGGGGCUGGGGGGAGCCGCUGCGGGUGCUGCUGGCGGCCAGCGCCGCCUUCCUCUGCUACUACUGGGUGCGCGUCCCGCAGAGGCCCCUGCUGGUGGGCGGGCUGCCGUUCCGUGCCUUCCUGGAGACACACUGCCCCAUUGUCAGCGAGCCCUUCUACCCCACGCCCUGGUGCUACGAGGGCCGGCUCCAGACUCUGCUCCGCUUCUUCCUCCAGUCCCGGCCCCUGGUCUCUUACCGCAGUGAGUUGCUCCACACAGCGGAUGGAGGGCAGCUGCUGCUGGACUGGGCGGACAAUGCAGAGAGCCAGCGGUACCCGGAGCCUGGCACACGCCCCACCAUCCUGCUGCUGCCAGGCCUCACCAGCAACAGCCAGGCCACCUACAUCCUGCACCUGGUGCAGCAGGCCUCCCACGCGGGGUACAGGACUGUCGUGUUCAAUAACAGAGGGUGCAAGGGGGAGGAUCUGCUGACCCCCAGAGCCUUCUGCGCUAGCAACACGGAGGACCUGCAGACCGUGGUCACCCACAUCAAGGCCCAGCACCCGCGGGCACCACUCCUGGCUGUGGGUGUCUCGCUAGGCGGGAUCCUGGUGCUGAAGUACCUGGCGCAGCGGGGACACGACACGGGGCUGGUGGCGGCCCUGACCUUGUCCGUCCCCUGGGACACCGUGGAGUCCAGCCGCUCGCUGGAGGAGCCGCUCAACGGCCUGCUCUUCAACCGGCACCUCACGGCCAACCUGCUCCGCCUCGUCAACCGGCACAGGAAGGUGAUUGCAGAGAAGGUGGAUGUGGAUCACGUACUGAAGGCACGCAGCAUCCGGGAGUUUGACGAGCGCUACACGGCCGUGGUGUUCGGCUACGGGACGUGUGCCGAGUACUACCGGGCCGCCAGCCCCUCGCACUUCGUGCAUGCCGUGCGCCUGCCCGUGCUCUGCCUCAACGCGGCCGACGACCCCUUCUCGCCGCUGCAGGCCAUGCCCCUGGCCGCGGUGCGGCGCCUCCCCACGGUGGCGGUGCUGGUGACGGUGCACGGCGGGCACGUCGGCUUCCUGGAGGGGCUCUUCCCACGGCACGGGAGCUACAUUCACCGCGUCUUCGCCCAGUUCGUCACGGCCGCCUUCGAGCACAGCCAGGAGCUGAGCCGCAGCCUGAGGGCAGGGGACGGGGCCAGCUGCGUGACGCCCCAGCACUGAGGCAGGCGGGCCCCAGAGCAGGCUGCAGCCCCCCAAUAAACCUCCUGCCUGGCUA